AUGGCGGACGACGCUGAGCUCGCCUUCCUCGAGGCGCAAAAGGAUGAGUAUGACCCUGCCGCUGGCUACACCAUGACGGAUGCGCCCGACGAAGAGGAAUACGAUCCCAACACAACCUUCUCGCCGCAUUCCGGCCACGGCUCCAACAACUCGGCAUCCAUGCCCCCCGAGUCGGCAGCCAACUCACCACCUCCGGCCGCAGAGGGCGAGGGCGAGGGCGAGGGCGAGAAUGGGUUGAAGCCCCAGCCUGUCCAGGCCUCAGCCAGCUCCACUACGCCAGCAAAGCGACCGCGCACAGUGGGAGGGUUUGUCGAUGAGAGCGAGGACGAGGAAGAGGAGUCUGCUGAACAGUCAAACGCAGCCAAUGCUUCUGAAGCUGCAGCAUCACCACAGCCUUCUAUUACACAAUCACCAAACAAUACACUUCCCAACCCACAUGUACAGUUACAUAGUGCACAAGAUCAGGCUGCUGCAUCUUCCUCUGCUUCUGCUUCCGUCGCUGUCAAUGAGCCUGCUUCCACUCUUGCUUCUACCGUUCCUAAUAGCAGUACGCCCGUUGCAGACGUUACUAAGCCGGCUGCUCCUGAUCAAGUGACUGCUGCUUCAGUGCCGCAGCCCGCUGCUCCAGCUAGGCUUGCUCACACUACUACCUCUCUGCCCAAGGCCCGUCUUCCCCAAGACCGUGUGGGCAUCCUCGAAGAUCGCAUUGCUGAAGAUCCACGUGGUGACAUGGAAGCAUGGCUGAGUCUGAUUGAGGAGCACCGUAGGCGGCACAAGUACGAUGACGCGCGUGCAGUAUUCGAACGCUUCCUCAAGCUCAUUCCCACCGCGGGUGAGCAAUGGGUCGAGUACAUAGCUUUUGAGACAGAACUCGAUGAGCUGUCCAAAGUCGAAGUCAUCUUUGGCCGCUCUGUUCCUCUAGCUCCCUAUGUCCCGCUCUACUCUUCAUACAUUGACUUCAUUCGCCGUCGCUACAACUUGACUACUGAUCAGAAUGGCCAGAACCGACAGAUCAUUACUCAGGCGUAUGAGUUUGUGCUCGGUCAGGUUGGUAUUGAUGUCAGUGCGGGAAGGCUCUGGCUCGAUUACAUUGAGAUGCUCAAGACGGGCCCAGGCGUUCUCGGUGGUAGCAACUGGCAAGAUAUGCAGAAGAUGGACACAUUGCGCAAGGUCUACCAGCGCGCCGUUUCGAUACCACACAAUGCCACGUUGGAGAUUUGGCGAGACUAUGACAAGUUCGAAAUGGGAUUGAACAAGGCAACGGGCCGCAAGCAUCUCCAGGAAAAGUCACCAUCAUACAUGACUGCACGAAGUGCGAUCAACGUCCUCGAUAAUAACAUCAUGAAAGGCAUCAACAGAACUACACUACCGAAGCUACCGCCUGCUCCAGGAUUCGAUGGCUAUGAUGAGUACAUGAACCAGGUCAAGCUCUGGAAGAAUUGGAUACAAUUUGAGAAGAGUGACCCUGUAGAGUGCAUCUCAGAUGAUAGAGAGUUGUACAACAAGCGUGUAAUACACAUAUACAAAAAUGCCCUCAUGGCACUGCGCUUCUGGCCAGAGUUGUGGUACGAGGCGGCGGAAUGGUGUUACGAGAACGGUUUGUCGACCGAAGGCGACAAGUUCCUCAACGAUGGCAUCGAAGCCAAUCCCGAGAGCUGCUUGCUCGCUUUCAAAAAGGCCAACCAAGUGGAACAACGCACAGACUUUGAAGACGGUCUUGCAGGCGUCAGUGCAAAGGGCAAGGCUGUGCGAGAGCCAUAUAUGAAGCUGCUCGACACGCUAUACGACCUCACAACUCAAACCAAGAAGCGGGAAGAGCACUCCAUUGCACGAGCCAAGGAGCAGUUUGAGGCGCAGAAGAAGGCUGAUGAGGCUGCCCGCGCCAUCGCUCAGAACAACUCGGAUGAUGCAGAUGACGAGGAUGAGGAUGCAGCUGCGAAGCGUCUCAAGGAGAAGGAAAAUGCCUUCAAUGCGCAACAGCAGGCUAUCUCUGCAGGCUAUAAUGCACAGAUGCUCAUGCUCAAAAAGACGCUCACAUAUGCAUGGAUUGCUCUGAUGCGAGCUAUGCGACGUGUUCAAGGCAAAGGCGCUCCAAAGGAAGACAUUGGUGGCUUCCGUGGCGUAUUCACCGAGGCUCGCAAGAGGGGUAAGCUGUUGAGUGAAGCAUAUGUUGCUAGUGCACUCAUCGAGCACCAUUGCUACCAAGAUCCCGCCGCACAGAAGAUCUUUGAGCGCGGUAUGAAGCUUUUCCCUGAGGACGAGCACUUCGCCUUGGAAUACAUCCAGCACCUCAUCAAGCUCAACGAUUCAACGAAUGCGCGCGCAGUCUUUGAGACUGUAGUUGGAAAGCUGACAGCGAAGCCGGAGAAUGUCCACAGGGCGAAGCCGCUGUUUGUAUUCUUCCACAACUACGAAUCGCAAUUCGGUGAGCUGUCCCAGAUCAUCAAGAUCGAACAACGCAUGGCCACACUCUUUCCCGAGGAUCCUCAGCUCCACCGUUUCUCCCAACGUUUUGCAGGCCCAACCUUCGACCCCACAACCGUCCGCCCUAUCAUCUCUCCUAGGACCCAGAUGAAGCCCGUCAUGCCCGCCAUGCCACCGGUCAUGACCUCCGUCGAAGAAUCCAUGCCGGCGCCACCACCCCAGCUCAUCCCGGAGCACCAACGCAUCGCCUCUCCGGGCAUCACCAACUCCCCCCACCUCAACAACCUCAUGCCUGCCACAACAUCCACCUCCUCUCCCAAGCGCCCCCUCGAAGACGCCGACGAUGCCUCCGCCCAGCCCCGCAAACUCGCCCGCGGCGAAUCUCCCCUCAAAGGCGCAGCCGGCCGACGUCUCGACGCCGCCCGCCGCAACCUUGCAACCAGCGGCAACACGCCCAUUGGCGCCCAAGCCGGUCCCACCCCCUUACCCCGCGGCAUCAACUUCCUGCUCGGCAUCAUUCCUGGCGCGCACACGUACAAGGAGACGCGCUUCCAGCCAGAGGCCAUGGUCAAUAUGCUCAGGAACGUAGCGGGAAUUCCACUCGAUCCAGCGCUGGGAGUGCAACAGCAACAGCAACCACAGAGGUGGGGUACUUCGACUACGACGGCCCAGCAGCUGCAGAGCAUUCAGGAGAAGUAUGGGGGUGCGCCGCAUAGUGCUACUGUGCCGUAUCCUGGGCAGUUGCCUUGGGCUAUGUGA